AUGGUGUCUCUCUUGCUCGCCGUCUUCCUGCUGAACGUGGUGAUCCAUCUUAUCAACACACUCGGAGCUGCGACUAUCAACGAGCUGCUCCCUACCCCGACGGCGAAAGAUGCACAAAACUCGGCACGACUCAAGAAGGAGGUGGUGCGUUUGAAGCGCGAGAUGAAUGCUGUCAGCGCACAAGACGAGUUUGCCAGAUGGGCCAAGCUGCGCAGAACGCACGACAAAGCUGUCGCCGACUAUGAAAAGAGCUACACCAAGGCCAAGUUCGACAAGACGGCCAACGCCCUUCGCUGGUUGGGUACGAACGGCAUGCGCUACCUCCUGCAGUUCUGGUUCUCACGUCAAGCACUGUUCUGGUUACCCCAAGGCUGGGUCCCUGGCUACGUCGAAUGGCUCCUCGCAUUCCCUAGAGCACCCAAGGGCAGCAUCAGCAUCCAGCUCUGGGGCAUUGCAUGUGCGAGCGUCAUCUCCAUGUCCAGCGAAGCCAUCGUCGCUCUGUAUGUGCUGGUUACUAAGCGACCCGACAUGCAGACAGGAAAGCAAGAGCAGGAGCCACAAGCAUUCAAGAGUGGUGGAGCAGAGAAGAAGGAAUUGUAA